GUCAUUCACACACACAAGCGCCAGCGUGGAUAACGUCAGGCUAGCGAGAGCAAAUGACGUUUUUAUUUGUGAAAAAAAAUUAGAAUAACAAUCACGGAAAUGGAUUCUCUACCAGCUAAGAAGAAAACUUAUUCUGCCGCAGUGAUAUUAUUGACUUUGUGCUGCAGUUAUGCUGUGAACGCGUCGGACAAUUUUUACACACUCGACGACAAUAGUGCGCCGAGCUACUUGAAGCCGAUAUUCUCUAAUUUGGAUGUGGUCCAGAGAGCAAAGCGAGACGCGGCUGCGCCAGCCCCGGUCACGGAGGCCAAGCCGCCCGUGGUCGACGCAAACGCAGCCGCCAACGCGACUGAUGACUCCAAUAGGACAGUCAACGUCACAAGCACAACCGCAGCGGUGGCAGCGGUGACGCAGAUCCCACUGCUGGGACGCAAUGGUACGGGCAUUUUGCGCGUCAACAUCACUUCAGGGCAGACGCCGCGCGUCAGCGACCCCAUCUUCCCUGAUGACAAUAUUACCACAGAUGUGUUCAAAGAAACUCCUGAAAUGAUGAAAGCGGAACAGAAUAUAACAGACUUAAAAUAUGACAACCACAACUUCUACAACAGCACGUUCAUCGGCAACCAGACGUACUUCGACGAGUACUGGGCGAACAUCACCAAGCAGAAGGCUGAUGUCCACGCCACGCUCAGCAACUCCCACCGGCGGGCCACUACAUCGCGACUGAGCUUCGACUUCCCGUUCUACGGCCACAACCUGCGCAACAUCACGGUAGCGACCGGCGGGUUUAUCUACACGGGCGAACACGUGCACAACUGGCUGGCGGCCACGCAGUACAUCGCGCCGCUGAUGGCCAACUUCGACACCACGCUCACCAACGAUAGCUACGUCAAGAUGUAUGACGACGGCGAGAAGUUCACCGCGUUCUGGGAGAACGUGACCCUUCAAGAGGACACGUCGAAGAAGUUCACGUUCGCAGUGACGCUGUACAAAAACGGCGACAUAGUGUUCGCGUACAAGACGAUACCGCUCGCCGUGCAGAACAUUAACGACACCGACCACCCCGUCAAAGUGGGCAUCAGCGACGCGUAUCUCACCGACAGGAUCCUCUUCCUGGUGCGACGCAAGACGAUAUACGAGUACCAUCGCGUCUCGUUCAAGAACUACGAGAUCAAGAGCGGGACCAUCCUGCGGCUGACGGCGCUGCCCACGUGCCUGCAGUACGACUCCUGCGAGACCUGCGUAAACCACGACACUGGCUUCGAUUGCAUGUGGUGUGAGGCGAUACACAAAUGUUCCAGCGGCACCGACAGAAACAAACAGGACUGGAUGCUGCGAAAUUGCGAUAAGGUCCCGAUCAGCAACGAGACAGCGUGUCCGGCGCGUGCGUCGCAACCCCCGGCCUCCGACGACGGCGGCAGCACCGCCUACGUGACUGACUCGCAGCACCCCUACCCGCAGGCCGUCGUCAACACCAUGCACUCGGCCCCCGCGCCGCCGAGCCAUAUAAGCACACCCCUCCACGAGCCGGUGCGCGACGAGAAGCCUGCGCCGGCGCACUCGCCCAUCGGCGGCGUGGUCGCGGCCUUCGUGGCCGUCGCGCUCGUCGCCAGCAUCGCCGCCUGGACACUCUACGCCUUCAAGAACCCCCACACGCGUUCUGGACAGCUACUUAUCAAGUACCGGCCGUCUCAGUGGAGCUGGCGGCGCGGCGAGGCGCGCUACACGGCUGCGACCAUCCACAUGUAGACACCACGCGCCACGCCCGUUCUGCGCAAGCGCACGAGCCGACCCCUCACCCCUUACGCCACCACUAACCACCGCGGAGACACCUAACGUCAUUACCCUGCCCUGCCACUUAAGUAGACCAUACGGAGCGCCCGCAUUUAUCCAAUGAUGACAUUAUCAAACUGAUGUUUGUGUUGUGUUAAUGUAAUUAGGUAAAAGUAUGAGAAAAACACACCUUAUUAAUGACUUUAAGAAACUCAUAAUCUCAAACUGACAUUUUAAUGCGGCCAUAAGCGCUAAUGAUGCUUUAUGCAACUCAAAAAUCCGAACUUAAAAAUAGGGUAGUUUCCAACUGGUCAACUCAGUUACUUUUUACUAAACGUCAAAACACGAAAUUACUAUGGAAUUUGCAAGAAAAAGCAACCGGUGACGUCAUAGAAAAACCUAACAAUAUGUCGCACUUAUUAAUUCGUAAAUAAGUUAAAUAGAAAAAAGAAAACGUGUUUUGUCACCUUUAGAUCUGUCUUUAUUUAGUAAUCAGAAUUUCAUAGUUCGAUAAUGUUGUUUAGUGCAUCAGUUUAAUGGCUCAUUAGUAUGUGAAGACGCCUUUAAAAUUUGAAGAGCGUUUCUGCAACUGUGUGCCAUUUAAUAUGAUAACCUGCGCGAAUCUGUCAGUGUACAACACGUGGAUUUACCGAUACUUAAUGUAUUGUAUAGAAAACAAGCAUCGCUUGCGCGUAUACCGAUCUAGUGGACGCGCAGCUUAUUAUUACGUCACUUAUAAACAUAUCUUUAUCGCACUGCUGUUAUUCAACAAUUUCGUUCAAAUAUAAUGCCUAAAGCUAAUGUCAUCGAUUAACCUCAGAUCUGUGUGUAAUAAGGAUCCUGACUACCCCUCUCGUAUGUUUAUGAUAAGGAUCCUGACCCAUAGGACUGAUAGCUAUUUUUACGUAAUUAUCCACUGUAAUUCUAUCGCAAAAGGGUAAUAUGCAACAUACUACACCGACUUAGCAUUAACUGAAUCGCUUAGUGUUAUUACAAAACAAAGAUUAAAAGAUAAACUAGGUUUUAAAAUAUAGUCCGUGUCAUGAAAGGAGUCCAGCGGUCGUCGCGCUGCUGUCGCAGAUUCCGCAUAGAAUUGCUAGCCUAUGACUUGGCAAUUAGUUCCUGUUGAGGACUUCAGGCUCUCGUCCCCUUUUCUUUUGGGUGUGUGCAGGCGCUCUUCAAUGAGUAGCUUUAUUACGUUGUUCACUAAAUUUAUUUUUUAGUAACAAAGGUAGGUAAGUCUACAAUAAAAACAAAUGCAGUGCGUAUUAGACGACGUCGUGGUAUGUGUAUUCAAAAAAGUAUGAAACGAAUAUGGCGGUUGCUGCAGGAACCGGAAGACCGUCGUCGCAUAAUAAGUCGAUAGGUGGCGCCACGCGAUAUGGAUGCGUUUCGUUUGACUUAUUUCGUGGUGCGAAUUGAAUUUUAACACGUUGACAGAAAGGUAAUAACCGUCGUGUUUAACGUACUAAAUCUUACAGAACUGCUAAGUCGUUUUAAAUUUUGCAGUAACGACAGAACGUUUAACAAUGUCUAAUUACACAAGUAUAUUUCUGUGUAAAGUGUCACCGGUGCUAUAGCCCUCAACAGCAGCUUUAGCCUUUAGGGUCACUAUGUAUUACUGAUCGAUCGAUUCCUGUGUCGGCAAAACGGUCACAUCCGCCUGUACAAAAUACUUGGGUCAAAACAUGGCGAAAAAUUUACCAUGAACGUGUUAAACCUACUUUAUCUUUCUGACUUGGUUUUGUAAUAACAUCGGCUGUGUUCGAAUCAUAUUUUAUACGUAAUCAUAAUUUUGUUAGGUGUCUCCGAUGUAUCUAUGCAGCUUUUACUAAAAUAAUGUUAUUUUUACAUUUUUAUGUGCCUUAGAACCAGGUGUAUACACAUUUUACUCAUUUUUUUUUUUUGUAAACAAGGCCGCUAUCUUAUGCAGUUAGUCAUGUAAUUUGAUGACAUUCAAGCGGUGAGUUUGAGAUGUAGCUAUGAAAGUACGUUUGAAAAUGGUGAUACUUUAUUGGGAACGGAAAGUACUGCAAUAUAUUUCUUGGGAACAAUUUACAUUAACUGAAUAUACAACCGUAAAACACUGCCGAUCUAUUACUAUAUUUUACAAAAAAAAAACUGCUUAUAAAAAAAUAUUAAAGCUCUGGCUGCUAAUAUAAAAGAGUAUCUUUUCCGUUCCUGGUAAGAAAUAGUAUAAAUCGUAAAGCAGCUCUGUGCACAGAUGUACGUUUAAGAAUUUACACAUUAUACAAGUGAGACGUAUGUAUAGGUAUCGGCAUUCGUGAUGCUCUAAGUAGAACAAAUUCCGGCGUGGUCUGGUCUAUUGAUGUGAACAUGAGAUUUGGUAGCGGCGAGUAUUGGCUGCCGGGGGCACCAACGCAAAAAGUAACUAGCUAAUUUAAAUAUAUAUCAAAAAUUGCUAGAAAAAUAGCUCGUAUUGCCAGUUAUUUUCGUGCUCGAUGAAAUACUUAAUGCAAGUGCAAAUUACUAAGUGUAGUAAUAUAGAAAAAUAUUUAAAAAAUACGAGUUGUUUUGAACACUUAAGUGCAAUAAUUGUGAUUAGAAACACUACGUCAAAAAAGUAUUGUUCGCGAGCAUACAGGUUACUCCGGUACAAUACUCAGCCGCGACUAACAAGUGAAAAUUCGAUUGAUUCGAUCGUUUACUACUAUUUAUACUUAUUUUGAAAUGAUGUGAGCUUAAAGUGAACUUACUGCUGUGUCGCGACUUUUCAGACCAAUUUUAUAUAGAUUCAAUUUAAAUAAGAUUAGUCAAUAAACAUAUCACUAAGGUGGAUUACCGAAAAGGGCUUAAAUUACAAAAUAUUUUUUAUUGAGAUGAACAAAUUUGAAUGUUUACUUUAUGAAUGUAAAGUUAAACAUUUUUUCGUAGUAGCAGUAAGUAUUUUCCGUGUAUUUAUCGCACGAAAAUAUGAACAUUUUUGAUAUUUAUUAUAACUAUGUACAAAUAUACUAUAAUGAUAUACAAGAAUUUGAUAAGUAUGGAAUGGUGUUCUAUUAGGUUUUCCACCUUUUAUUAAUAAUAUGCACUUUGAUACGAGACCACAAUUUUUACUGCGAACCGAAUUUGGCCUGUAAACACGUUAUGAAUAAAAUGUUCAUUGAAUCAUAACAAUAGUAAACAUUAGGUAUAGUGUCGCGAUAUAGUAGCGGCACCAGCCAACACCUAUGCUCAGAGACAUCACAAAAAAUAACCGUAUGAAGUCCUCAACUAACGUGUCUUGAGUUCCGUGAGGUCAAUAUUGGCUUGUCCGUCCUUGUUAGUAUUAUAGUGCGAACAUAAGGUUAGUUACGGUGGCGCGGCGAUUGCUACGACGAUGGAUACCACGUCUUUAAGGUGUUAAUACUUUUCUAUCUCAUUUCAUCGACCUACAGUCGCCGCACUUAUUACUUUCUUUAUCACUAAACAUAGAUAUUUACGAAUUCAUUACGAGUGGUGGCUUACUACUACCUAAUAGUCAUCAUUUAUUGAAAAACGUAGUAAUGAAAUGCUCGUUUAUAGGUGUAUGCGACACUGAACAUACUUAAAGAAAAUAUGCUCAAAUGAAAGCCCUAAAAUCAAGCUCAAUCGCGUUUUAUAUAGCCGUAUAUCCAUAACUCGCACGCCACAUGCACGUCACGCCACUGAUAGUAGUAAAAUUUAACGUCAAUUAAUCAUUGUUACUUAAAUUUUGGAAUUAUUUCUAAAUUUUAUUUAGAUUUAGGACACAUACAGUUUACCAUCUACGUUAUUCAAAAAACCGCUUAAGUCUCGACAAGCCUUUCUUUCUAUUGAUAGUUCUUAGUUUGGUCGUAUGUGUUGUUUUGUUAGUGGGACAGAUGUCAAACAUACAAUUAUUGUUGUUGUCCAAAGUAUAAGUGCACUUUUAUGCACAUUCAAAAGUUAAAGGAACAUUACCUACUUAACCGAAUUUACACAAUACAAAAAUAAAUCUAAAUCAAUUCGUAACAAUUUUUAAAGUUUAAAAUAAGUAGAUUUUUAUAAAACUAUUUACACUGAAUCAAAAAGAAUCAUGUAAUUAUAUUGUACAAUAUUAUCUGUGUGUUUAUGAUGGACGUGAAAGUCCCGUGUUGAGCUGACCAUGUAAUGGUUCGUGUACCCUGUCCUGCGGAACUCUAUCGGGCGCGCACCUAGUGCACGCACCCGGCGCGGGCGCGGCGCGCGGCGUCCCACUGGCGGCGCGCGCGCCCCUGCCCGCACAAUACACGAAACUGAAAGUUAGUUGUCGUAGUUUAAGUAUUUUUAUGAAUAUUAGAGUGAUAUUAUGUGUAAAAUAAUUAUAUUAUCAUUAUGUUAUUUUUUAUAUUUUCAGACAUCGUUUUUAAGUUACUUAAUAAAUCUGGUGAUCUUUAAAAAUCUUGAUUAGUUACACCAAAGAACUUUCAAAAUCUAUGAUAUCCUCUUUUUUCGAAUCUCGCGUUUUAUUAUAUUUUAAACAAUCAAAAUGGUGAUCUGCUUUUCUAAAUGUGCUGUUAAAGCGAUGCGAACUUAUUUUUUUUGCUCCAAUAGUUUUAUAAUGUUAUUAAUUUCUAAAUUUAAAUACUAAAUGAAGUUUUAAUUUAAGGGACCACAUUCAUGUCUACAAUAAAUAAAUUGUGCCGUUGAA